AUGACAUCCUUAUUGCUGUGGUUGCUGGCAUUCAUACCCUGUGCGUCCUCGCCACGCCUCAAGACGGGCGGCAGGAAGAAGUGUGCGGCGUGCAAGAUAGUCGUGCACGUCGGCUGUGUGGCGCAGCUAGAGAAGAUCAGUUUCAAGUGCAAACAGUCAUUCAGGGAGGCAGGUGCGAGACACCUUCGUGAGCAUCAGCAUCAGCAGCAGCAGCAGCAGCAGGCACAAAUGAGACAUCACUGGGUGCACAGGCGGAGGCAGGAUGGCAAGUGCAAAGAGUGUGGUAAGUCAUUCCAGCAGAAGUUCGGGUUCCACAGUAAGGACAUCAUUGCCAUCUCGUGCUCGUGGUGCAAGGCGGCCUACCACAACCGCAGCACGUGCUUUCGCAUGCAGCAGAUUGAGGAGGCGUGUACCCUAGGCGUCCACGCCGGCGUCAUCGUGCCUCCACACUGGAUCAUCAAGGUGCCGCGCAAGCUUGGGUACCUUUGGCUGGAGUUCUACAGGAAGGUGCAAAACCUGCGGAUACUGGCUUGCGGUGGUGACGGCACGGUAGGAUGGAUCCUGUCCACUCUGGACGCGCUUGCAUUUAACCCGAUGCCGCCGGUAGCCGUGUUACCGCUGGGCACCGGGAACGACCUGGCGCGCACGCUCAACUGGGGAGGCGGCUACACGGACGAGCCGAUCUCUAAGGUCGUAUCGAGCGUUGAGGAGGGCGUCGUCGUUCAACUCGACCGCUGGAACCUACACGUCGACCGCAACCCCGCCGCUCCCCCCGACCCGGGCGACGAGGCGAGCGACAAGCUGCCGUUGGACGUUGUCAACAACUACUUCAGUCUCGGAGCCGACGCGCAGGUGGCGCUGGAGUUCCACGCGUCGCGCGAGGCCAAGCCGGAGAAGUUCAACAGCCGGUUCCGAAACCGCAUGUUCUACGCUGGGGCUGGCGGGAAGGACUUGUUGAAGCGUAGCUGGAAGUACUUGGCCGAGCAUAUCAACCUGAAGUGCGACGGCGUCGACAUGACCCCGAAAAUACAGGAGCUGAAGAUACACUGCCUGCUGUUUCUCAAUAUUCCAAGGUAUGCUGGCGGCACGCAGCCAUGGGGAAACCCCAGCAGCUCGGCUGCGAUGUUCGAAACUCAGCGACAUGACGACGGAUUCCUCGAAGUGAUAGGCUUCUCAACUGCCUCGCUGGCGGCGCUGCAGGUUGGAGGCCACGGUGAACGCAUCGCGCAGUGCCGGGAGGUGCUGCUCGUCACCAACAAAACCAUUCCUAUGCAGGUGGAUGGCGAGCCGUGCAAGCUGGGGCCGUCCACGAUCCGCAUCACGCUACGUAAUCAAGCUAACAUGGUGCUAAAACCGAAGGUAGCUGGCACUGGUGGUGGCCACGUGAGACGGGUGUCCGUACCCAUUAUCAAUGAACAAGCCUCGAUGCCUCUAGGCUUGGUUGUCGUGGAGAACGACGCAGACCUGGAGCAGGUUCGCAUGCACAUCGACAGCCUACAGGAGGACCUCGCCAUCAGCCCAUCAUUCCAACGACUCGGCCCCAAAUGGUGCUUCCUCGACUCGAUCGCCGGCGAGAAGCUGUUCCACAUCGACCGCGCGCAGGAGUCGCGUCACUACGUCACGGACAUCGCCAGCGAAGACCUCUACAUUCUCGACCCGACCGACAUGUCGCGACAUUCCACCGCAUCGCCCGUCUGCGGCGCCACCGGCUCGCCGAAAGAGGCGCUGCUGCGGCACAAGGACGAGGAGGCGGGCCUGAAGGGCACGCGUGGCGCCACCGCUGCCGCGGCGGCGGCGACGUCGCCGCCGAAGUCGCCGAGCUGUACGCGUCUGAAGCGACUCGUGCGACAGCAGAGUAACGAGGAGUCCGGCAGUGGGUCGGAGACGUGCGGCAAGCCCGUGCGUCAGCUGGCGCCCAUCAACAAAAUGUUUCUCGAUGCGUCGAAGCGCGGCGACCUGAGCCGCAUGCAGGAGCUGGUGCGGCAGGGCGCUGACGUCCUGCAGCCGGACCAGUACGGCAUGACAGCGCUGCACCACGCCGCCCGCUUCGGACACAAGGAGCUUGUCCGCUGGCUGCUAAGCACGAGCCCCAUCGAGCUGCUCGACAUGAUCGACUGCGAAAAGUUACAGACGGCGCUCCACAAAGCUGCGUGGUACCAGCGGCGUACGAUCUGCCACCUGCUGGCGACGGCAGGCGCAUCCCUUACCGUCACAGACCGCGACGGCAACACGCCGUACAUGCAAGCUGUGCGUGCUGAGGACAGCGAACUCGCUGCCUACCUGAAGAGUCAGGAGCAGGUGCAAGCCGUCACAUCCACCGACCAAGAGACGGCCGUAUGACAGUGGCGCCCCCUAUCGGACGACGCGACGGCUACACCCAACUCUGUGAUCCCCAUUUUGCCUUGCACCCUUGUACGAACCAGCUUCUCCGAACGAGCAUAAUUCCUUUCUUUAUACGUGUAUGUGGUGCACCAUUCGUGUGUCUGUUAAUAUUCUUGUCGUUUUGCAAAUUGGCACGAAUUGUAGAUAUAAUUACGAGGUGGUGAUUGAUGAAAUUGCACGCGGUGGUGAGACUGGCUUACGUAGUUAGAAAGCACACCGGCGUUUAAGAAUCACAAUCUCCCAACGGAAUCCGGGAGCGUGUUCAUCUGAAUCUGUCGGGUGAAAUCCGACCUUUAUCCAUGCCAAUUUGAGAAAGCUAGUCUUCAAAAUUUUGACAAAAUUUUCUUUCGUGUGAUAGAUAUCGUACCGGCAGCUUGAGAAGGAGAGUGAUAUCCUGUUAGUUAGGAUUAACAUCGCGGAAGCGUAAUUGAGUAAAAACACAUCUAUAUCUAUUUUGCAUAAUCGGAGCGCGAGUGUCCGUGCGAGAGACAGUGCGACGCUGUAGCACGUAAAAAAAUUGCUAAU